AGCAUCCCCCCCCCCACACACACACACACACACACACACUGGAGCUCCGCCACAGCCUGCAGCUGCAUUGACGGUAAACAGAGCAAGCCAUCAUUCUUUGCGUCGGUGUGCAGCAGCAGCGGGGAGGAUUUAGCACACACUGCUACAGUAGGUAUCUAUUUUAUUGUUGUUUCUGGAUCAAGACGAUGGAUGUGGGCUCAUCCGGACCUAUUCCUGCAAAUACGGCGGACGGGCGCGACUUUCUAUUCCAAACGCAUCCGCAUCUUCCGUACGUUGCAAGGUGUCUUUGAAAAGCGCACGGACCUCUGGGGGAAAUGAGAAGAAAGGUCUAUUUUGACUCACGCCUGUCGAGAUGUCAUUCCAAAGUAGCCUCGCUGCAGACUUCUCACCCAUGCAGCGCUCUGUCCCAAAUACAUCACAGUGCAUUUGACAAAACCCCCGUUAUGAUAUUCAAAGUCGGAAUGGAUGCUUGAGCUGCACACGUCUCCCUCAGGACUCAGUUGUUUGUGCAGAGAUGGAAAGAAGAGAGGACAAUAACAACCAUGAGGCGUCAUUAAGAAGACCUGUGCAUUCAAGAUCAAACGCACCUCAUUAGAUCAUUACGGAUCAUUGUUAAUCUGCGUGAGAGCAAAGGGGCAUCUCCUAGCUGUGACCUUUUUGUUGGUUUAUGAGCCCUGAAUCACAAAGAAGAUCGAUCCCACCGUCGACCCAAUCUAAGAUUCCCACAACCUCUACUCUUGCUUGGAUUUCAGCAUUUGGUCAAAUCCACCAGGACAGAGUAUGCCAUCUGCACCUUUUCACAGAAUCCUACGACCCCUUCUGCUCGGCACUUUCAUACUGGGAUGCUUUGUGACUCUGUUUUUGAUGUAUUUUAAACCAUCCACCAGCUGGUUAUCAGGUCCUGUAGAGUCUACAGUGUCCACAGAUCGGGCCAAGAACCUCUUCUCCAACAAGAGCGAUAAAAACGUGACCACCUUGCUGAUCUGGCUGUGGCCCUUCGGACAAACCUACGACCUGGGCGUGUGCAGCUCUCUCUUCAACAUCGAAGGCUGCUUUAUCACAGCGGAUAGGAACUUCUACAACAAGUCAGAUGGGAUCGUCAUCCAUCACAGAGACAUCUGCACUGACCUGUCCAACCUGCCACCGCUCCAGCGACCAUCCUUCCAGAAGUGGAUAUGGAUGAACUUGGAGUCGCCGUCGCACUCCUCCCAGCUGCCUGGGAUCGAGAAUCUGUUCAAUCUGACUCUCAAUUACCGUCAGGAUGCUGACAUCGAAGUGCCUUAUGGGUCCAUUAUAGCAGCGGAUGGCGAGGAGGACUUUGUCCCACCCAGCAAAAACAAGCUGAUCUGCUGGAUUGUGAGCAACUGGAACCAGGACCACGUGCGGGUGAAAUAUUACAAUGAGUUGUACAAACACAUUGAGGUUCAUGCGUAUGGACAAGCCUUUGGGGAGUACAUCUCUGACCAAGACUACUUCCCCACCAUCGCCAGCUGCAAGUUCUACCUGGCUUUUGAGAACUCCAUCCACAAGGACUACAUCACUGAAAAACUGUACAACCCGCUGUCUGUGGGGUCAGUGCCAGUGGUUCUUGGCCCGCCAAGGCAGAACUACGAGAACUUUAUCCAGGGAGACGCCUUCAUCCACGUGGACGACUUCACCUCGCCCAAGGAGCUGGCUGAUUACCUGCUGCUCUUGGACAAGAACGAGGAAAUGUACCUCAGGUACUUUGAAUGGAGGCGGCACUUUAAAGUAAAGAAGGCCUAUUUCUGGGCAGAGCACACAUGCCUGGCUUGUGAUUACCUGCGUAGGCACAAGGAGUACAAGGCAUUUAACAACCUUGACAAGUGGUACUGGGGCGGAUAGUACUUAGAAGGGCUAUGCAGUGCUUGUUUUGUUGUUGAAGGCUGUGCUUUAAGUAAUUUGUGUCCGUCGGCUUAACAUGAAGGUUCAUUAUUGUUGUGUCCAGAGCUCCCGAGUUAUGUUUUUAUUUAUUUAUUUUUUUAUCGAUUCAGUGGCCCAGUGAGACAUCCAUCUUGUUUUUUUUAUUAUUUUUUUUAUUUGCAAGUCAAUUUUGCCAAGCCUUACUUUGCCUUUUGUGUUAAUCAUUUAUUAAUUAUUUUUUAAAUAAUUAACAAUGCACUACAUUUGUUAUUGUUAGUUCAGUCCAUGUUUUGCUUAACAUGACAACAUUUGCUGCUAUUUUGUUAUAUGUGUGUUCCAUUUUUUAGUAUGAUUGCUUGAUUGUAUGGAUGUUCCUGUACAACAGAUAACAGUCAUGAUGCACGGUUGCUGUUUUUUUUGUUUUUUUUAUAUCCUCUUUUCAUUAAGCAGACAUUAGAAUAGGGUUGACUGCAGACGGAGAUUGACAUAAAAAACUGCAAAUAUUUAUCUAAUAUUUAUUCAAGUAAGGUAAUAUGAUAAUUUAAAAACAAUCUCAUAUGUGCUAGUGAUGCAGUCACCUAUGCAGUGUUUACUGAACUAAAAUGUGAAAGUAGUUAAUUGUGUCAUGUACAUAUUAAGUAUUUUUGAAAAUAUGUAGCUGUCCUUUUCUUUCUAUAAUUUUGUUUUCAUUUGCACUGCUAAUCGAACUGCUACCUAUCUUUACAUAUGUACAGAUGGACAUUGUGUUAUGUGGUUGUAGAUGGCAUAUGGUGAUCAUUACCCCGGUUGUCCCCGACAGCAGACAUGACUGCUCGGUGAGAGGGAGGUUACUAUUUUAAUCGUGUUGUGAAUUGUUCACUGUCACAUGUGAUGUGUCAAAGUGCAGUUGGAUUCUGCAUUGGUGAUGAUAGUACAGCACAGAGCCACUGUACUGCAGUAUGAAACUCACAGACACCUCAUUGUGUUGCAUUCUGAUUUGAUUUGUAAUUUUGAAUUGAAUAAAGUGUUGGGAAAGAGCACAAAAUUAACAUAUUACUGAAGCUAUUUUGCUGUGCAUACUGUACUGACAUCCUACAAUGUGACAUUAAAUAUUUACACCGAUCUUUUUAACUAUGUCAAGCAGAUGUUACCAUAUGUGGGAAGUGGGUGUGAAUCAGGAUGAAAUGCGAUCAGGUGGGCUUGGCCCAUAUGUUUGGUGCUGUUUGGUACCCGUUUCUUUCAAGAAAAAAGUGAAGAUGAAGAUUAUCCAUAUUGAUACCUUUGAAUCAUCACAUCAUAGUGAUGUGGUGUGUGGGCAGUUAGAGGUUGCAUGUGAAAGAUAGUUCUCUUUUUCUGGAUGUUUUUUGUUUUUGUUUUUGUUUACACUCCUGUUUACAGUUGUGUGGCCCGCCUGCCAACCUUACACCACUCAAGAUCACGCUAGAGAAAUGCAUCAACAUCUGUAGAUACCGCAUCACUUUUAAACGUCAGACCAUCUAAUCCACUGAAAAAUGCAUCUCAACAGCACUCAGCAGCUAUUGACGUCAUGGUUUUGUUUUUACAGAAAGAACUGUGCAAAAACCAAGUCAACAUUUUAUGCAAGAUGAGCCUGGCGUCUUUUUGGUCAAAGUACUACCAACAUGUUUCAGGUUAUUAUCAUUUUGAUAUUUCUUCACUGACAAAGGGACCAUUGAUGUAAAUUAGGAUGAAUUUAAUUAUUUUUCUUAUGGAAUAUGGUUCCAGACGCCAUAGUAAAACCUGUAUAUAAACCAUGUAGUGAACUGAAUCAUCAUCUCGAUCAAACCAGCCAACUGACACAGAUCAUUCCCGUAUGUGCAAAGGACUGAGGGAGCUCAAACAUUGUUUUGCAUUUAUGGGGAAAAGAAACAACGUGUUGUACAUAUUUUCAAUGUUAUAAAGAUCUCUCUAUAAGAUGCAAGGGCAGUGACUUUGCUGCAGCUUUGUAGGAAAUGUCGGGGCUUCGAAAAGGCUGUGAAUCAAGGUGAAGGGGGAGUGACGCUUGAAAAGGAUUACCAGUGUCAGAGACAAUGGUUUCAGUGUCAAAGUGGAUGUUUUCAUCAAGGGAGGCAAUUUUACACCAGCUUUUUUCUUCUUCUAGCGAUUAGGCGGUAAUCCUCGUGGAAUGACCUAAUUGAAAAAGUAAUGCCAAAACGCAGCAGAGAUAUAGCACUGUUGUUCAUGUGGAGUUGUGUUACUGUGCUGGUUGGUGGCUGUCUUUCGAUGGAGCUGUUGUGAGUUCAGAAACUGUCAUCCACAACCUUGACCGUCUCACAGAUUAACAAUGAAACUGCGACUCGUGGUUUCGUCUUGUACAGUCCAAUCUCAUGUAUGAAAUCAAAGGUUUCUUGUCCAAUGUGGUUGGUGACUUAAAUGAACACACUUUCUUUUUUUUUCUCCUUCGUGUUGUCUGUCCCUUUACUCCUCUCUCCCCUUCUCUCUGUUUUUUUUGCACAAAAACAAACACGAGGAGCUGUGGCUUCUCUGUCCCGUCCGAGUCUGUGAGUGUGUCACAGCACUAUGAAUCAGGAUGUCUCUGGAUACCGUCCGACCUGGCACUGAUUUCUUUGCCGGAGUCCUUAAAAACACUGUAUACCCAGUGGGAUGAAAUCAUUGUGUGGUUGAACAUGACGAUUUCUAGAGAAAUGCUCAUUUUCCGCCAGUUCACUGAACUAAUCAGUGAAUCAAUCAGUUUUUUGCCAAAUCGUUGUGUUUUGCCAAAUGUUGUGUUUUAACUGUAGAUGUCUGAUAGUGUCAAAGAAAAUAAAGUUAUGGAUAAAUGAGC